AAGUAAAAGGUGUUCAAAAAUUCUUGCAAAAAUGGAGAAAAUGCGUUUAAUUUAAAACCGCACAAAAGCUAUUGCGCAGAGAGAAUACACUGACUUUGAUGGGGUUUCCCCCGGGAUAAAAUCCCGUUUUUUUCCAGAGGGAUUUUCCCAUUACCGCCAAAGAAUCUGUCGCAAUGUAUAUAAACAAAGAAUUGCGCCACUGUUUGAGCCAAGUCAGUUCGUUUGUUUCGACUAACUUGGUACAGAAAGGAGUGUUAUGUUUUGUUGGAUGGUUCACACUGAAGAUGGAGCCUGCGUUUUGCUGCAAAAUACUUAGUUGGAAUUUGCAUUGUCGACCUCCCCAUACCCGCUUGCAUAAGAACAGAACUGAAAGAAUAGAAAAUGUUUGUCAAACAAUACAAAGAGAGAAUCCAACAUUGGUUAGUCUUCAAGAGGUUGGGGUUUAUGAAUAUAAUAAAAUUCAUAAUCAUUUCGUGAAUAUCUAUGGUUUCCACUCAGUGAAAAGUUCUAUUGGAUUCGUUGAAGACUUGGAUUUCUGUAUCACAGUCGUAAUGUUCAAGAAAGAUGUUGUUUUUCAUUAUUCUGGAAAUCAUUAUAAAUUCCACAGCCUUCGAAUGUGUGAAUAUUUACAUGUGUUUCAAGGAAAAGUUAAAGGAAAUGAAUUUGUAUUGUUUACAUCUCAACUUGAAAAAAGAAAAUCAAGUUCUAAAGAAAGACAAGACCAAUUGGGCCAGGUUAUUCAUUUCCUUAACAAAACUCCAGCCACAUCAACAGCUAUAUUUGCUGGUAGUUUAUACAUUACAGAUUUUGAGCUAGAGAAGGAAAUGUCGCAACGAGAUGAGAGAAAUGUUUGUGAGUUGUGGAAAGAAUUAAAACUCAAAAAAUCUUUCAAUGAAAAUCUUAAUACGGGUGACAUUUCCAAGGGGGUAGAACACACAGAAUGGGUUUUUAUCCGAAGAAAUCAAGACGAUUUAAGAGCAAGUCACAUGACUACAGUAUCUGCUCUUGAAGGAGAUUUACCAGAUGGUGUCAUUAUUAAUUAUAACGUACCGGUUAUAGAAGAUGAAGAAUGUAGUGAAGAGUCAGAAGAUACUGAUAGUGAAGAUUUUGAUCUUGGAUGCGAGGAAUCAAAUGAAAUUUUGGAGGAUGAAGGAAUUUGCAUUGACAGUGAUGCGAGUGGAACUACAUUGCCAGAACAUUCAACGAUAAAAUUGGAUGACCACAGAAUAUUAGAAGAAACACAGAAUGCUACAUCAAGUACUCUUCAAGAUGAAAAAUACAUAAACAAACUUACCAUUACUGAAGAAGUCCCAUCAGUUGAACCAAAAGAACAUUUAUUCUCUACCAGCAACUAUAACACAGAUGUCACCCCCGCUUCAUUUUCCCAACCAAGUUCACUUUCAGCUUUGGAUCUGACAUUCCCUGCAACAAGUUCACACAAACAAUAUAAAGAUAUAUUUGAUGUUGACAAAUGUCUUGAAUUAUGUAUUUUGCUACAUAACGAACAGAACUCGAACGAUACCAUUAUUGAAUGGGUUGAAAACCAUGUGGGAAGGAAUUUCUGGAUGUCAGGUCCGUUUAUAAAGUGUUUGAUUUCAGUCAUCUGCGAAAAGGCUGUAAAUGAUGAUCUAAAUAGCCCUGAAAAUGCAAUAAACAAAAGAUCUCCUUUGGUUGUGUUUUAUAUUUUAAACUCAAAGGAAAAUCUCCAACAAGAUAUAAUUGAGGAAGUUUUAACUUGUAUUGACACAUGGGGGUAUAGUCAAGAAACCAUUUGCUUAUUAUUACACCAGUUUUAUCACAAUGAGGUCAUAUAUGAAUCCUCACUACAAUCAUGGGCCGUGAAUGAUCAAUCCAUGAAAGCAAAACUUGUGAAAGAAUUUUCAUUUCAUGAAUUCCCAGAACUCUGGAAAAUAAUGGCAAAAAAUCAAAAUUUUGCCAGAAAUGUUUAAAACAUUUGUGUUUUAAUAACUUUUCUGUUUUUUUUUAAUUUAUAAAACGCGUGAUUUUUUACCUAUAAAGGUUUUACUGCCAUUGCAAUUGAUUAGGCACUUUUGUUGGACUAAAACCCUUUUUAAUUGAACAGUUAUUCUUUGUUGUUAUUUUAGUUGUUUCUUUGUACAUUAUAAUUAUAAAACAAUUGUAUAUUGUAUGUAAAAAACUUUAAUAAAAGUAUGUUGAAAAAUCAGAUUUAGGUUAAGAAUUUUUUUUCUUGGAGAAAUUAAACAGUUGCACGGUACUUGUGACAGAAAGAAUUUCAUUUGGUGUCUCUAAAAUGCACGCGAAUAAAAAAUAAAAUGGUGCAAUUUCAUAAAAAAAAUAGUAAUUUUUCGCAAUUAUGAAAUUUUAGAGACCCCCAAAAGAUUAUGAAAGAUUUAGAAAAUUUAUUAAAAAUUUUAUGGAAAAUACAAUUUGUGAAAAACAAUAAUUUUGUAAACCCCAAUCAACACUUGUUACUUUUUACCAAAAGGCUAUAAAAUGAAGAUCACUGUGUUAAUUUUUAAAUGGAAAAAAGUAACUAUAUUUUAAGUAGAAGAUAUAACUGUAUCACAUUUUAUAAUUUAGUUAAAACGCGCCAAUAUACUUUUUGAGAUUCAAUUAUAUUUUGCAUUUUUUUUUGUAAAAUAUAUAUUUAUUGGUUUAAUAUUUAAUGAAAGGUUAUAUAAUGAGACAACACUAUUUCAUUCUGUAACGAAGUUACCGAGUUUAAUAAGACCAACUUUUAACACGAAUAGAGUUGAAUAUAUUCAUACAUGCAUAAUUAAUCGUAUUUGCAGCAGUUUAAACAUAAACAGGUAUUCGGUUGUGACAUAACAAUAGGCUUUUAUUGUGAUAAAUAAUACAAAGAAAAAAACUUGAAAUAUUUCGUCAAACUGACAUUUUUUAUGAGAAAAUGAAAUCAAG